AUGAGUAAAGUCCUCAUUGUGGAUGCAACACACCUCAAGAAUGUUUAUGGUGGAGUUCUACUUGUUGCGGCUGCUCAGGAUCCUGAUCAUCACACCUACCCAAUUGCUUUCGGUGUCGCAUAUGGUGAAAAAAAUGAUAGUUGGAUGUGGUUUAUGGAACAUUUGAAAUCAGUGAUAGGAGAUGAACCGGGAUUGGUAUUUCUUUCAGAUAGAAACAAAAGGUUGAUCAAUGCAGUAGGUGUAGUUUUCCCUCAGGCCGCUCAUGGGUAUUGUAUAUGGCAUUUGUCUCAAAAGGUUAAAGGCCACGUCCGUAACCACAGAGACACUUGUGCAUUUAAGUUUAUGGAGUGUGCACACUCUUAUACAGUGGUUGAGUUCUUGAACCUUUAUGAUGCUUUUCGCAGAAGGUAUCCUUCUACAGCGGAGUAUCUUGUUAAAAAUGUUGAAGAGAGGAAAUGGACUAGAUGUUACUUUGAAGGAGAUAGGUACAACGUUGACACCACCAAUUCAGUGGAAUCUUUUAAUGGUGUAAUUAAGAAAGCAAGAAAGUUCACCUUGAUACCAAUGUUUGAUGUUAUCAUUGCAAAAAUGGCUGAAUGGUUUAACAAACAUAGGAAAGAGGAAGCUGAGAUACCACCUACACUAAAGCUUGUGCCUAUUGUGGAAACGAAAAUGUCCAAAAGAUGUGUUGAUGGAGGGUUUUUUGAGGUUGAUGAGUUAAACAAUUUCCAUCUUGAGUACAGUUUAAAAAGUAGUGAUGGGAAGGUUUAUACUGUUGAUAUGGCUAUGUUGACUUACAGCUGUGAGCAAUUUGAUAAAGACAAAUACUCAUGUGUUCAUGCUGUAGCUGCCUCCACAUUCAUGACUGAUAAAGCGGGAAGGAAACUCCAUCUAUCUGAGUAUUUGGGUUGA